UGGCCGAUAGCAGCGAAGCGAUGUCGCACACACAUUGCUUCAGAGAGCGGCUCGCGACAGGCAGCGUACGUUGCUUUGGAGCGAACGCAAAACAACGUGUUUUCAUUCAUGAAACGUGUAAAUGAUGAUGUUGCAAUCAUGUGAGAAAAAAUGUUUUCUAGGGCUUUUUUUCUCUUUCUGUGUCUAUGUUGUGCAUGUUCAAGUGCGGAAUGGUGUAAGUCUGUGGAUGUGACCUAUCGCUGUAUCAAAAACAUAGACAAAUUCAGGAAUUGCACGAAAAUAGUCGGGUUCUUGAAGAUUGCGUUGUUUCAAGGAGGCGCUGUGAAUUUUCCGAGUUUUCCACGAUUGAGAGAGGUGACAGGUCACGUUAAAGUGUUUGCUUUGGAUAACUUACAGGAUCUUGGAGUGCUUUUUCCCAAUUUGGUGGUGAUUCGUGGGAAAGAACUUUUUCUUGGUAAUGCCUUAAUCAUCUAUCACAACAAGAGUCUCAAGAAGAUUGGUCUUCCUAACCUCAGACAAAUACAGCGAGGGAAUGUACAAAUUGGAAAAUGUCCAGAACUUUGUUACGUGAAGACGAUCGACUGGGCAGCUCUCGGAACUUCUUUGUCGUCUUAUGCCGAUGUCCCAAAAUGCAAACACGAGGAAGUAUGCAAUUCGGAAUGUGACGGUCACUGUUGGGCGCCAGGAAAGUGUCAAAGGAUCUUCGAUAAUUGCCACUCCGAAUGUUUGGGUUGUUCAAAACCCAAUUCUGCGAAGCAUUGUUUAGCAUGCAAGAAUUGGCAAAAUGGCGAUACCUGCGUCAGCCAAUGUCCGUCCGAUAAGUUUCUCAACGAAGACUCAAUGGCUUGCGUUACCGAAGACGAAUGCAACAACUUCAAGUCCCAGUUAGACAUACCCACCUGGGUUUUUGGAAAAUGGUGCCUUCGUAAACAUACAUGCCCAGACAAUUACGAGCUAGUGGAUCAACCUAAGACGACCUGUAGAUUGUGCGAGGGACCUUGCUACAAAAAAUGUUCAGGUACUUCUAUCAAUAACAAGCAACAUAUGGAGCAGUUGAAGGGUUGCACCCACAUCGAGGGUCAUCUGGAACUGAGAGUGAGAAAUGCAUACGAAAUCGAUCAUCUGGAGCACAACCUCCUGAACAUAACUCAAAUAGAUGGUUGCUUGAAAGUGGCCAGAUCAGACGCAUUAAGUUCCUUACAUUUCUUGAGAAACCUUCAGAGAAUCGGUGGGGUAGAUAAGCACAAAUUCUGUAAUAACCACACCGUUUACGUAUAUGAGAACAUCAACCUCAAGACUCUUAUCGAUGUUGACCGCAUCAAGACAGGAAGCGAUGUCAGCAUAGGGUUCCACAAUAACCCGGAACUGUGUAUUUCUGAAAUAAAAAAAUUCGCACAUGUUUUGGGUAUGUCGAACUCGACAUUCGAAGAAAUGUUACAAGCGGAAAAAGAUGUGUCUCCUUACUCCAAUGGAGACAGAGCGCCUUGCGGAGAUCUCAUCUUGAAUGUAACUGUUGUUGAGAGCUUUUCAAAGAAUGUGACUUUCCAGUGGCCUCCGUUCAUUUCAAAUAAUGAUACAGUGAUAGCCUAUACUUUUUUCUAUAUUCUAAACAGAACGUUGCAUGAAGAGAACAUUCAUAAUUACGACAAUAUGAUGUGCAACGAUAAUGGUUGGAGGAGUCAGCUUAUUGCUGGUAACAGAGUUAAUAUAACACAUCUUAUACCUUUCAGCACCUACGCCUAUUGGAUCAAAGUUUAUUAUAUCAAGAACGACAGGAUGGGUAUAUCCAAAAGUACGGAGAUAAAAUAUUUUGAAACAGCCCCAGAUGAUCCAGAUCUUCCAACAGAUCUAGAAAUACGACCGAUAUCCCCAAACAGUAUCUUGAUCACUUGGGAAAGUCCAGAAUCCACAAAUGGAAACCUGGACCAUUACGAACUUUAUGCUAUCCUGGAAAGAGAUGACGCUAAAUUCAUAAACCAGAGAGAUUAUUGUACCUACCCACACGUCAUCAACCACGUCGUUCCUCCGACUAAAAAAGUACUCAACAAAACCAACGAUGACGAGUGUUCGUGUGAAAUGCCUCGGGAAAAUCGACGCAUCUUCAAUUUUGACCAGUUCUGCGUGGACCAAAGCGCAAUUUUCCCCACCAAAGACUGCAACCAUUUCAAAUACCGGAUGGUAGACAAUCAACCUGUGAAAAAGAGAGUGAAACGUUAUUUAAUUCAAGACAUGAUAGAGAAAAAAAUACCUGCGAAUGGUAGUAAUAGUUUUCUUCUGAGGGAUUUGAAACCAUUUUCGAAAUAUAUAUUGUUGUUUUCAGCGUGUAACAAGAAUUUCAGAGGCAACAAACUGUGCAGUGGGGUUUUGUUCUCUUGGGCCAGAACUUUGGCGAACAUAACUGCGGAUCAAGUUACAGACACCAAUGUCAGAAUUCUCAAGGGAAAUACGGUUUUACUGACUUGGAAAGACCCGGAAAAUCCGAAUGGUAUGAUUCUCGCUUACAACAUCGAAUAUAAGAACGUCGAUAGUUCCAAAUCCGCCAAUGUACCUGAUUGCGUCACGAAAGCCCAACAUAAUGACAGCGGUUACGUUUAUAGAAUAGAGAACAUGGACCCGGGGGAGUAUACCAUAAGAGUGAGACCAGUGUCGUUAUAUGGUUCUGGAAUUUACAGUAGCCGAAUUGUUUUCCACAUCAAAACCCCACUGAAGACUUGGGCCAUCUAUUUGGUUAUAGCUGUUGUUUUUUCCGUUAUGAUAUCAUCGUACAUACUCUAUUUGUGGUACAAGAAGAAAACGAAAUCUGAAAGGGUUUAUCUGAUACCGAGUAUAAACCCCGAGUACUCUAUGGCCGUGUACAUAGAAGAAGGCUGGGAACUGGAGAGGGAUGACGUAGUAAUGAACGAAGUUCUCGGACAAGGAAGUUUCGGUAUAGUUUAUAGUGGUUAUGUUCGGUCCAAAAGUUUACCCUGUGCUGUGAAAACAAUGAAUAACACUGCCUCGCCUAUUCACAGGACUGAGUUCCUCAAAGAGGCGUUCGUCAUGAGGGCGUUCAAUGACGCGCAUCACGUGAUCAAAUUAUACGGUGUAGUGUCCAAAGAUGAUCCUCCUCUAGUCAUAAUGGAGCUGAUGGAGCGAGGUGACCUCAAACAGUACCUGAGAAACGCUAGGAGAAACCCCAAAGUUAUUUCGCUGCCAGAAAUGUAUCAGAUGGCUGCUCAGAUAGCUGACGGUAUGGCGUAUCUGUCGGCCAAGAAGUAUGUGCAUCGAGAUCUAGCCUCGAGGAACUGUAUGGUUGCAGGCGAUCGGACUGUCAAAGUUGGGGAUUUUGGAAUGACCAAGGAUAUUUAUGAGACUGACUACUAUAGAAAAGGCACAAGUGGACUUCUUCCUGUUCGUUGGAUGGCACCCGAGAGCUUAGCUGAUGGGGUGUUCUCAUCCGAAUCUGAUGUAUGGAGUUAUGGGAUAGUUCUGUGGGAAAUGGUGACUUUGGCAGAACAUCCCUACCAAGGGAUGUCCAACGAGCAGGUUUUGAAAUUCGUCACGACGAGGGGAAGGUUGGGUCGUCCAAAAGAUUGCCCUAAUGUCCUUUGGGAGAUUAUGGAGGUAUGCUGGGAACACAAACCCUCGAAAAGGCCACCCUUCAUUGGUAUCGUGGAGAAGCUGGAGCCACUUGCUGGUCAGUCGUUUCCUCUGGUGUCAUUUUACCACAGCCAAGCGGGACUCAACUAUAGAAUGAAUUACGGGAGACAAAAGUCGACAGAAGAAAGCACUGCCAAUAAUGACAUGCAGAACGCAUAUUUACGAAUGGAGGAUAAUGGAAAUUUAUUGGGCGACAAUUUCGACGAUGAUGAGGAUUACACCCCUCAAGCAAGAAAUCGUAAAGUGAUAAUGGUUAGCCCAGACUCCCUCUCCUGGCCAUCAUCAUACUCCAUAUCGAGUCAAACCCCAUGAAAGUAGGCGAUAGAAAAAUCACAAUUAAUAUUGUUUAUAUUUUUAUACUGAAUAUUCCGAAUUAAGAUUGUUGAAUAAAGUUACCUUUAUAUUAAGAUUUUCUGAAAUUCAAAAUAUUAUAUAACCUUAUGAAUAUAUAUAAUGAACUAUUUUUUCAAAUGGGAUUCUAAUUUUAGUUAAUAAUUCUUUUUUCUUGUGUUCCUUUUUCUGAAUGAUCAUUUCGAGUAACUUCUCUAGUAGAGUGCGAUUAAAUACAUGAAAUUGCUUCGGUUCAUUUUUCGUUGAAAUAAUUUGUAUUUUUCCAACAAUAUAGGAGCAAAAAUCAAAUUUGGCCCUUUCCCUGCUACUUGCUGCUAAUUUCCUAUUACUCAUUUCCUUUUGUUAACAAACGUGAAUAAUUUUAUAAAUUUCCAUCCAGAGAAAAUGUCGGUAAUGGACUCUUAGUGGCCAAGGGACCUCCAUUAUCCAUAGCUUUGAGGUUAUUACCUCACUCUGAUGCCAUAAAUAAGACUGCUAUGAAAAUAAAGAGAAACAAUCUGAGUUAAGUUUUGUUGAUGUUAAGUUUAUUGAUGCGUAUGGGUCAAUGUUGUUUUGGGAACUAAGUGUUCAAUUUUGUGAAAUAUCGAUGUACCAAAAAUUUAAGUUUCCAUGUGUUUUGUUGGCAGAAUUUUGUAGAACUAUGUGGAUUAGAUUGGUGAAGUGUCAAUAAACCUUAUUUUCAUGUACCUGACGUUUCAAUAUGAAAAUUAUUUUUGUGGUAACAAUAUAUGAGAUCUAUAUGUC